CCUGCCAUUCAUUUUCUCGCAAAAAGAAACGUCGUAAAAGAAACCAAAGAGAAAUCGGAAAAAUAUGCCAACCCCACGUUAUAUAAACACUUGUCAGUUGUCCCGCCCCAUCCGAACAAAACAGUCCAAGCCCAACCAAACUUCAUGAGUUUUAGUACCUUUCUUCCUAGCUAGAAACGCGUCUUUUCUUCUGUUUUCAGUUGUCUUCUGCGGGGCUGCUGCCUCCUUCUACUUCUCUCUCCAACCCCACUAAUGAUGAGAAAACCGAAUAGGUGAUUGCUAGCAGUUUCUCGCAGUAACCUGCCGAAAUAAUACUAAAAAACCUUUUUUUUUUUCGUUCCCAACAUGGUGCCUUCUUAGAUUUCCAUUUAUAUGUUGACUUCCAAGCUCUCACCAAAAGCAAAAAUAUUAGCCACCUUUCUUUCUCGAUGAAGAAAGAGUGAAUCUUCCCUUCUAUUCACAUGAAAAGCAUGGCAUCCCUUCAUAAACGGAAGCCUUCUCCAGCUUAAGGCUUUGCUCUACUUUCUGUUUCCACUGAGAAAGAAAGACUGAGAUCAGGAGCGCUUUAGUUUUAUACUGAAUAAAAAAAAAAAAAAAAAAAAAAAAUUCCAAGCCAAGCCAUAAACAUGGAGACCUUUCACCCCUCUAUGACGCCGCCCUUACCCUUUUCCUACACUUUCACUGCUACUAUGAGUGGUAGCAGUAGCGGGGCCACUCCAAAUACUAUUACUACACCCUGGAUGGACAGAAGGAUCUGGAGUAAACUCCCACAGAGGCUGCUCGAUCGUGUGCUUGCUUUUCUCCCUCCACCGGCCUUUUUUCGAGCACGUUCUGUCUGUAAGAGAUGGUACGCACUCUUGUUUUCGGACAGCUUUCUUGAAUUAUACCUCCAAGUAUCUCCUCGCCAUCAUUGGUUUCUAUUCUUUAAGCACAAAACCCUCAAGAGCUACAUAUAUAGGGGAAGUGGUGGAGGAGAUGGGGACAAUAGGGGACCUUGUGAAGGAUAUCUCUUUGAUCCUAUUGAUAUCGCAUGGCAUCGUCUUUCCUUUGCUCUGGUUCCCUCCGGGUUUUCACCUGCUUCUUCUUCCGGUGGCUUAGUUUGCUGGGUUUCAGAUGAGGCUGGUCCAAAAAGCAUAAUCCUAUGCAACCCCAUCCUUGGUUCUCUAACUCAAUUGCCUCCCACGCUAAGACCCCGGCUCUUCCCUUCUAUUGGCCUAACCGUUAACCCUUCAUCAAUAGAUAUCACGGUUGCCGGGGAUGACAUGAUUUCUCCCUAUGCAGUCAAGAAUUUAACGGCCGAGAACUUUCAUAUGGAUGGGGGUGGGUUUUAUUCAAUAUGGGGUACAACUUCUUCUCUGCCAAGGCUAUGUAGCCUUGAGUCAGGUCGAAUGGUUUACGUGGGAGGAAAAUUCUACUGCAUGAACUAUAACCCAUUUAGCGUUUUAGCUCAUGAUGUUGCAGCGAAUAUAUGGUGCAAGAUUCAAGCUCCCAUGCGAAGGUUUCUGCGAUCGCCAAGCUUGGUCGAGAGUAGGGGAAAUCUCCUCUUAGUUGCAGCAGUUGAGAAAAGCAAACUAAAUGUACCAAAGAGUUUGAGGCUGUGGGAUUUGCAAGCAUGCGGGACUACGUGGGUGGAAGUCGAAAGAAUGCCACAGCAACUCUACAUCCAGUUUGCUGAGUUGGAAGGUGGAAAUGGGUUCGACUGUGUUGGACAUGGAGACUUUAUUGUGAUUAUGAUACGAGGGUCGGACAAGGCUUUGCUGUUGGAUGUCUGCGAAAAGAGGUGGCUGUGGAUUCCUCCAUGUCCUUACUCUCAAGAAGGUGGUGGUGGCAGCAGCAGCAACAAUGGACGUAAUGGUGAAUUGCAUGGCUUUGCUUAUGAGCCUAGGCUUGCCACCCCAGUCACUGGACUUCUGGACCAGUUGACCCUACCAUUUCAGACUUACAAUGGUUAGUUGCUAAUUAGUUUCGAAUCUGGUGACUGAUCUCAAGUAGUAGCAGCAGGCUGCAAUGGGUGGUACUCAAAUAAUAUAUGUAGUUGUAGUACAAGAUCAUCAUGUAAUUUUAGGGAGGAAGUACGUUUCAGAUGUUUAGGAUCCUUUUUUAGCAUGCAGUUGUGUAAUGUUCUCAGCUCUAUUGAUUUCUGUCAGCUCUCUCAUAUUGUGUCAUGUGAAGACCGAUGAUCAGGUAGUACCAUUUUGCGUCUUGAA